UAAGAUUUAUUUUAUAUAUUUUAAGAAUUCAGGAUUUAGGACAAUUUUCAAACAAUAAUUCAAAAUUCUAUUUUCUCAUUAAUCUUUUAAUAAAAUUAAAAGUUUAUUAUAUUUUUAAAUAAAAUUAAUAAUUUAACUUUUUCUACUUGAUCAUGGCGAGAUAGUUAAAGGGGCUGUGUCAUAGGGUCAAGAGAAAGCACUCUCUUUACCCUUUAAAUAAGACAAAAGGAAUAAUGUUAAAAAGUCUUUAAAUAUCAAUUUUUUAAUAUUUUAAUAUUUAAUCCUCAGGCCAUGUCAGGGAAAAAAGUUUUUAAUUAUACUUCACUAAGGUUCACUAAAUAGAUGACAAUGAGUUAGGAAGUUCUUUGACAGAUCAAGAAAUAUCGAAGUUUUUUUUUUAAAAAAAAGGAAUAAGGACUAUAAAAUAAAAAGUCUUGCACAGAGAGAGAGAGAGAGAGAAUUAGAAUUUAAGAAAGACAACAAUAUACAAAAGACUAAACUCAUUAUAACAAGCCUAGUGGCAAUAUAACAAAUAAUAAUACAGUAUUUAAUUUGUAAUUUUCUUACAAAUUGUGUUAUCUAUCAUCUCUGUAUCUAAAUUUAAUUGCUUCUUUCGUCAUCAACACAAAAACUAUAUUAUGAAAUGCGUUAAUGGACGUUUAUGGAUGGUAUUUACUUAUGCAUAAGUUAUGCAUUCAUGGACGUUGAGUUCAUCGCUGCUUAAUACUAGUAUAUCAGGAAAAAAUCUUUAUAGUAUCCUCCUCAAUUAUUCACGUACGGGAUCCAAUUUGAUAAUAAUAACCGUCAAUUAGUGUUGAUCAUUACAUGUACCAGGUACACUCUCAAGCAAAUAAAUAAUUAAAUAAAUCCUCGCCUGACAAAACAUAUUUAAUCAUGUAACUGUACUCACAAGCAGGUUUUAAAUGAUGUCUCAUCCAGGCAACGUAUUAUAUAUUUUAUUGAUGUAUGCUUGCUAACUAAUAACGAGAUAUGAUUAAAGGGAAAUGAUGUGUGUGUGUGAGUGUGAGUGAGUGAGAGAGAGAGAGAGAGAGAGAGCAUGAAAAGAAAGAAUUGCGUAUAAGUUUUAAAUAAAAAAUUAAUAAUUCUCAAGUCGUAAUCACUUGUACGCACAAAAGUUUAAUAUUUAUAAACAAACCACAUUCCUUCAUUACCCUACCGAUGGAGGAUCAUAUCUUGGAAGCCAUGGCGACCUCUUUUGCUUUCCUAGUUCUCUUUGUUUUGAUGAAACUUGUCCAUAACAUAUGGUGGAGGCCUAAAAGUGUUGAAAGAUUAUUAAGGAAGCAAGGGAUCAGGGGCACUUCAUAUCGUCCCUUAAGAGGUGACAUGCCAGAAAUGGAGAAGUCUGUCAGAGAAGCGUCUUCUAAGCCCAUCUCCCUCAAUGCCCAAGUCGUCCCACGAGUCAUCCCUUUCCUUCACAGCAUGGUUGAGCGAUAUGGAAAAGUUUCAAUAUGUUGGUUUAAAAGUACUCCAAGGUUGAUAAUUGGAGAGGCAGACUUGAUAAGGUUGAUAUUUGAAGAUAAGAACAGUGGGAUAGUGCACCAACCUGUCAGCCCAUUGGUGUUUCUUCUACACAUGGGUCUAACUACCUUGGAAGGUGAGAAAUGGAGUAAACGCAGAAAGCUGGUAACUCCUGCUUUCCACUUUGACAAGUUGAAGGGAAUGGUUCCGGCAAUUUCAAGCAGUUGUUACGAACUGUUAGAGCGGUGGCAGAAACAAGUGGAACCACAAGGGUGGUGUGAAAUUGACGUUGCUCCUGAACUCGAUGCUCUGGCCUGUGAUGCCAUAGCUCGAACAGCCUUUGGAAGUAACUACCGAGAGGGAAAGGAGUUAUUUCAACUCCAGAAAGAGCAAACUUUGUUGGCGCUUGAAGCCUAUAACUCAAUUUAUGUCCCAGGUUUCAGAUUCAUACCUACAAGGAAGAACAAGAGGAGGUACCAAUUAUACGACCAAGUCAAAGGAAUAUUGAGGAAUAUGAUACAGCAAAGAGAAGAUGCAGUGAAAAGUGGAGAAUUGGGAGAAGGCCUAGAUUUAUUGGGCUCAUUAUUGCAGAGCAAAGAACAGAGCAAUAAUGAUUUGACAAUAGAGGAUGUGAUAGAAGAAUCCAAAUUGUUCUAUUUCGCUGGUCAAGAGACCACCGCCACCCUCCUCACAUGGACCAUGAUCUGCUUAUCCAUGCACCCAAAUUGGCAGGAGAAGGCAAGAAAAGAAGUAUUAGAGAUAUGGGGCAGAAGAAAGCCUGAUUUUGGAACGAUUAAUCGCCUUAAAAUCGUAUCAAUGAUACUUCAUGAAGUGUUGAGACUGUUUCCCCCUGUACCUAGUUUCUUCAGAUGCACGACGCGCGAAACCAAGGUAGGAAGGUUAUUGAUACCUGCAGGGGCUGAGCUGUGUUUAUCAGUGAUGCAUGCUCAUUAUGACACCAAUUAUUGGGGCGACGAUGCACACGAGUUCAACCCAGAGAGAUUCUGUGAAGGAGUUUCAAAAGCUUCAAAGGAUCAGAUGGCUUUCUUUGCAUUUGGUUGGGGACCAAGAAUUUGUUUGGGCCAAGCUUUUGCCUUGAUUGAAGCAAGGAUAGCUGUAGCCACAAUCCUUCAACAUUUCUCAUUUCACCUCUCCCCUUCUUACGCUCACGCGCCUCACCUUCGCAUUAAUCUAAAGCCACAGUACGGUGCUCCCAUCAUUCUACGCCGUAUCUAAGCUAGUUGUACCAGUCCAAGGACAUCUGACUAGAUGGGCUCUUGGGUUGAAUACUGUUAUCGUCCUAAAGAAGUCAAGGCCCUUUAAACUGUACUGUUGAUUAUGAUAUGGAUUUGUUUAUAAUUAAUAUAUAUUGAUUGAUGAUUGAUGAUUGGUUGGUUGGUCUUGAAA